AUGAUUAUGGAACGGUGUGUGUGUUUCUUCCUACUUUCUUUAGUAUCCCAGUCAUUCGCUUCAGUGAUCAUUCCUGAAGAGCUGCCAUCUUUACUUUCAGUGGCGUACUCAAAUAUACCGCCUAUCAAAAAAGGGACGGACUCUCGUGUCGGUUUCGGCUUCGCAUUUGGCAACCAUGCUGACUUCCAAGUCAUGUUCGAGUUGGGACCUCAAACAAAUACACAGGCUCUAAACGGUCAAGGUUUCCAAUCAACAUCUUCAAAUGCCAAGCGACAAGUCAAUUCGCCACCGCCAACGAAAGUACACAAAAAUAAAGAAAAGUACCACUCAGACGCGGGCAAAUACCUUCAAAAUUGGGCUCAGAAGAUGAAGUUCCCCCAAAAGCAGACGCAAAAUGUUCAGAAACCCGGCGAUGUGCCCAACCUAGAAGACUCCAUGGUGGAACUCAUUAAGAAUGAGAAGGGAGAAUAUGAAAUACAUCAACCGAAGCCCGGGAACUUGCCACAGAACAUUCUAGAAGAUCUAAAGAAGCUGUACAAGCUGAAAAGCGAGGCCGCGAAAAAGAUGGGUGGCACAAAACGAAGCGAGGAGGAAGUUAAAAAGAUAACAGAAGACUUGUCAAAUGUGGAUCUUGAUUGA